GUGUCAAAGUGAAAUACGCGGAGGGGACUUGGAGCGGACUGUUCCUCCCUCCACAGACCACAGCCCGAGGCGGCCGGGAGAAAGCUAGGCCUCAGCCACCCCGAAGGAGGAAGAAGAUUUUAUCUCCUGUCACUGAGCGUCCAUCUUGCUGGAAAUGAAUGAAACACCAAGUAAAAUGUCAAACUCUGAAGGGCUACCAUUAGCAAGAGAAAUGCAAGACCUUCAAAAUCGAUUUAAUGCAAUGAUGCAUACAAUCAACAGCAACUCAAAGGUUGCAGCUUUCAUGAGCACCUCUGUGGGUCAGUACCUGGAUGACCACCCUUUCCUUGCAUUAUUGUUGCUGAUUUUUACCAUAAUGGCAGCCGUGCCAGUCGGUUUAUUCCUGAUUUUCGCAGUGAUUACAUCCCUCUUGGCUUGCAUUGGUUUCAUUGUGAUGGAAGGUCUGAUGCUGUCGAUAGGUGGUGUUGUCCUCCUUUGUUUUUUAUGUGGGUUAGUUCUCAUUUCACUGAUCAUCACUUCUUUUCUGGCUGUCUGCUUUUUUACCUUCUCCACAACAAUGAAUUAUUAUCACAAUUUAAGCACUCCAAGUAAAGAAGAAGAAGCUGUCAGCUACUCAGCAAUUUCAUAUCCAGAUGAGACUGAAUCCAAAUCUACCCUGAAGAAGGAUUAGAUUGCAAAAUAUUCCUGUAGUUUCUGUUAAGUUGUAUUUAUGUAAAACAACUCUAUUUGCACUAAUCUCCUUUCAUGAGAAGUUUGUUUUUGCUUUCAAUACGUGUUACACUUUUGUUAAGAGCAGAUGUUCAUCUUCCCAAUUUUUCAGCAUUUUUGUUUGUGUAAUGUCAUUCUGAAUGAGAACUUUUGUACACUUUAACCUAUAUAUUUUACUAUAAUUACUGUAUAACAUGGAAACCUGGUCAUUAGAUACAGAAAGACUAUAUAUUGUAUCUGUAUCAGCAAUGAUUGGAGUUAUACUUAAGCAUUCUAAGUGAUGGUAAUAUCCUCAAUAUAUUAAUAAAACAGAUACUUAAAGCAAUAACAAAUGUUUUUGAUCCAUUGCUUAUUUUAUACUUUUUGAAAGAGACCAGAAGGGUCUAGACCGGAAACGUCAGCUUUCCUGCUCCUCUGAUGCUGCUUGGCCUGCUGUGUUCAUCCAGCUCUACACCUUGUUAUCUCAGAUUCUCCAGCAUUGGCAGUUCUGACUAUCUGUUAAAAAUACAAUUGUUUAGUGAAUAUUUACUAUUUGGAUUGCACUGAAUGGAGCAAAGUGGGCUGUUGAAUUACAACUUAUGAAGUCUGGACUAGAGAGAAUGACAGUUUCUGCUGUGUGGCAGUUAACAGUUUGAAGACACUGUUAAAAUAAACAAGUAGUAUGGAAA